AUGAAAGAAGAAUACAAUAUUAAUAAUAAUAAUAAAAAAUUACAAAAUUAUAUUUGUAAAAAUAUUGUAGAAUUAUUAAUUAAUUAUUUAUUAAAAAGUAAAAAAAAGAGAUCAAAUUCAAAUAACAAUAGUUUUGCAAGAUUUGAAAAAAAACAAUUCAUAUUAUAUUUGGAUGAAAUUAUUACUCUUUCUUUAGUAUCAAAAAAAUGGUUUAAAAUAAUAUCAGAUUUUAUUUCAAAUGGUAUAAUUGAACAGAAAAUAAUUGAUUAUUGGUUCAGUGAUGAGGGUGAUGAUGUAAUAAUACUACACAGAGGCGAAGAUACAAUGAAAUCAAAUGAAUAUUCAUUAAUAAAAAUAGAUGCAACCACAAUUGAUGAUUUUUUCAGUUCUAAAUAUUAUUAUAUUGAAAGCUUUAAAGGAACUAAAUUUAAUCCAGUAAAAACAACUGAUGAUGAACCAAUUAAAUUCAUUAAUAAUAAUAAAACCUUUAAAAGGAUUGAAAACAAUGAAAUAAAAAUAUUAUUGCAAAUAACAGAUAAACUUAAUGAGAGUGUAAAAGUUGAUUUAUUUCGUCAAUCAAUUGAUGAAGAUUUAUUAAUACCAAUUAAAGAAAAUGAUAAUAUUAUUGUGGAAAAUUUAGAAUUGGAAGGAAUUAAUAUGGAAUAUUCAUUAUCAAACAUUUUUAAUUUUCAACCAAAACAUAUAAAAUAUGAUCCAAAUGGUCCUUAUUGUCAAGAUUCAUAUUACCAUAUGGAUUAUUCACAAUUAUUCAAUCCAAAUAAUUUGGAAAUUUCUACUCCUCCCACUUUGCCACUAUCAACCAAUAGAACCGAAUCUAUUAAAAUUGAUAUAUCAGAUCAUGUUGAACCAUCUCAUUUACAUAAUUUAGAAGAAUCAUUUCCAAAUUUAAACUCAUUAUCAAUUCCAAUGUUACUUCAUGAUUUAUUCAUUUGUGCCAAUGAUAAGAUUGCAAAUCUAUCAGAGAAUGGAUGUGAUUAUCAUUAUGGUGAAUUAGAGAAAACUUCAAAUAUAAAACAAGAUUGGGAUAAAAUGAUUUAUUCAUUAACAAAUUGUAAAUCAUUAAAUAAUUUAAGUAUUUCAAAUUUUUGUUCAUAUGGUUUUGAUUGUAUUGAAAAUAAUAAUAAUAAUUUUAUUACCAAUGAUGAACCACUCUCAAAUGGACUACAAAAAUUAUUAUCUUGUAAAAAUAUUCAAUAUUUAAAAUUAAUAGGAUUUGAUUUUAUUAAAGAUAUUAAUAAAGUAUUUUCAUCAUUGGUAAACAAUUGUAAUAAUGGUUCUUCAAUUAAAACACUAAUAUUACAAUGUGAUUGUUCUCACUAUAAAAAAUCAUUUGAAUAUUGUCAUGAAAUUUCAAAUUGUUUAUUAUCCAAUAUUUAUAAUUUAAAUUUAACAUAUCUAAAAAUUAAUUUUGUAUUUUCUAAUGAUGAACAUGGUUUAAAAAUUUUAUCAUUUAUUUUUGAUACUUUAAUUCAAAAACAACAACAACAACAACGACAACAAUUAAAAGAAAGAAAUGAUGAAAAUGAAAACAUCUUUACAUUUAAUGAUAGUAGAUUAAAUCAUAUUGAAUUCAGCUUGCAUCUUAAACACUUUGAUACCAUUUUUGGUAAAAUUAAAUCUUUAUCAAAUGAUCAAUCAAAAAUACCAAAUUCAUAUCCAAUUGUAAAAGAAAUUCAUAUGUGCAUUUCGAUGACAGAUAAAAAAGAAAAAGUUUUAUUAAAAAAAAGAAUACAAGACGAAUAUUAUAUGUCAAAUUUAAAUGAUCAUAGAACUAUAAUCAAUAUUUUGUAA